GGCUCUGCCCCCCCCCCCCGAUGCCAAGGGGGGGGGCGGGCAAAGGGCGCCUUCACAGCCUUGCUGGGAGCGGGGAAGGUCCCGGCGCUGCCUCACCCGUUGACCUGCCCUCUCCCUCCCUCCCUCCAGCCGUCCAGAGGGGCCGGAUCCCGCCCAGCCACGCCAGCGCCAGCCCCAACGCCGUGCAGAGCGGAGACUACUACAAUGGGCAGCCGGUCUCAGAGCUGAUCUCGCAGCUGCUGCGGGCCGAGCCCUAUCCCAGCGCCCGCUUCAGCUCCCAGUACGCCCAGCAGGGGGGCAGCGUGAUGGGCAUCGACAACAUCUGUGAGCUGGCCGCCCGGCUGCUCUUCAGCACGGUCGAGUGGGCACGCAACAUCCCCUUCUUCCCGGAGCUGCCCGUCUCGGACCAGGUGGCGCUGCUGCGGCUCAGCUGGAGCGAGCUCUUCGUGCUGAACGCCGCCCAGUCGGCCCUGCCCCUCCACAUGGCGCCCCUGCUGGCUGCGGCCGGCUUCCACGCCGCCCCCAUGUCCGCCGACCGGGUGGUCUCCUUCAUGGACCAGAUCCGCGUCUUCCAGGACCAGGUGGAGAAGCUCAGCCGGCUGCAGGUGGACUCGGCCGAGUUCAGCUGCCUCAAGGCCAUCGCCCUCUUCACGCCAGACGCCUGCGGCCUCUCGGACCCGGUGCAUGUGGAGAGCCUCCAGGAGAAGGCGCAGGUGGCGCUGACGGAGUACGUCCGCUCGCAGUACCCCUCCCAGCCGCAGCGCUUUGGCCGGCUGCUCCUGCGGCUCCCCGCCCUGCGAGCCGUCCCGGCCUCGCUCAUCUCGCAGCUCUUCUUCAUGCGCCUGGUGGGCAAGACGCCCAUCGAGACCCUCAUCCGGGACAUGCUGCUCUCGGGCAGCUCCUUCAACUGGCCCUACGGGACGGGGCAGUGAACCCGGGCAGGAGACAGUGGUGGACGGACGUUGUGCCCGUGGGCUGCCGCCCGGAGGUCCCUUGGCCCCGACCGAGACUUUGGAGGAGGGGCGCUUGGGCUUGCCUGGGACC